AUGUAUCAUUGCCUUCUGCUCCUUUUCUUUUGUUCAGUUGUGAACAGCCAUUGGCCGCACCACCACGACGGGACACAUAAUCAUCCACCUGGCUUCUUUGAUGCAUGGGGACAUGGCCCACACGGUCAGCAUGAACAUUGGCACUCAAGUGAAGAAAACAGUAGCGGUUCCAGUGAAGGGGACAGUAGUGACUCCAGCGGGAGCGACAGUAGUGAGUCAUGUGAAGAAGAUCACAAUACAUUUAAUAAAGCGAAUAAAAAUACAAUCGACUUCGAAUCUUUAGCCCGCAAGAUUAUCGACACCGAUGAAGCUUACUAUAACUCCUGCAAUCAAAACAAAAAUAACGUUCAAGAAAUUUACAGCAUUGACUCUUAUAUGCUGAUCUAUUCGGUGCCCGGGGUCAUCAGUGCAAACGUGAACGUUCAAAUAAGGCAUAGGGUCAUCAACGUAGUGGCUUCUAGCACAGGCAAUAAUUUCAAAGAUGUCAGAAUGCUAUCUGAUAUACUGAACCCUGCUGAAGCGAGAUGGUACACCGAGUCAGGAACGAUAAAAGUGCUCAUUCCGUACAAAAUACGUUUCGAUCAAUUGAUGACUACACGAUGUGAGAUGGUCAAGAAGGAUCUGAUAAACGUACAGCCGCUGCCAGAUGUCUCCACUUUCGAGAGGCAUGACCGUCAAGGCGGCAUUUCAAAUUUCUCACCGAAACCAAGAAGGACAUAUUAG